GGGCGCUGGGUCCUCCCCUAUUCUCAGUCGCUUCUCUUGCUGCUUCUCGACCCCUUUCAGAGGACUCAGGCUUUUGAGCAACAGGACAGGGACUGCAGUCUGGGCAGGAGGACCGGGAUGGUUUCUGGGUGGGGGCGGACCGGCAAUAACAGGAAAAGUUAGGUCGGCUGCGACCGGGGUGAGGGACGCCCAGCUUCCAGAAGAGUGACCAGGCCUGGUACUGCCCAUCUAACUUCCUGCCAUCCAUUCUGCCUGUCUUCCCCCAGCUGCCUUGCAGAACCCUUGCCAGCUUUGAGGGCUGUAGGUGCUGGGCCUCCAGACAUCAUGAGCGUGGGCUUCAUUGGGGCUGGCCAGCUGGCCUUUGCCCUGGCCAAGGGCUUCACAGCAGCAGGUGUCCUGGCUGCUCACAAGAUAAUGGCCAGUUCCCCAGACAUGGAUCUGACCACCGUUUCUGCUCUCAGGAAGAUAGGGGUGAACCUGACGCUGCACAACAAGGAGACCGUGCAGCACAGUGACGUGCUCUUCCUUGCUGUGAAGCCACACAUCAUCCCCUUCAUACUGGAUGAGAUUGGUGCUGAUAUUGAGGACAGGCACAUAGUGGUGUCCUGUGCAGCUGGUGUCACCAUCAACUCCAUUGAGAAGAAGCUGACAGCAUAUCGGCCAGCCCCCAAGGUCAUCCGUUGCAUGACCAACACCCCAGUUGUGGUGCGAGAGGGGGUCACCGUAUAUGCCACAGGAAGUCAUGCCCAGGUGGAGGACAGCAAGCUGGUGGAGCAGCUCCUUGGCAGUGUGGGCUUCUGCACAGAGGUGGAGGAGGAUCUGAUUGAUGCAGUCACAGGGCUCAGCGGCAGUGGCCCUGCCUAUGCAUUUACAGCCUUGGAUGCUCUGGCUGAUGGUGGUGUGAAGAUGGGGCUUCCACGACGCCUGGCAGUCCGUCUCGGGGCCCAGGCCCUCUUGGGAGCUGCCAAGAUGCUACUGGAUUCAGAACAGCACCCGGGCCAGCUCAAGGACAACGUCUGCUCUCCCGGUGGGGCUACUAUCCAUGCCUUGCAUGUGCUGGAGAGUGGGGGCUUCCGCUCCCUUCUCAUCAACGCUGUGGAGGCCUCCUGCAUCCGCACACGGGAGCUGCAGACCAUGGCUGACCAGGAGACAGUCUCACCUGCUGCCAUCAAGAAGACUGUUCUGGACAAGGUGAAGCUGGGAUCCUCUGCAGGGCCCUCUCUGUCUUCUGGCCACACCAAGCCACUGCCCUGUAGCCUGGCCCCGGCAGGCAAGGACUGAUGCAUGCUGCUCACCACCUUCUGCUCUCCACUUGGUUUUUUUGAGACAGGGUCUCACUAUGUAGUCCAGGCUGGCCUCAAAUUUGAGAUCCUCCUGUCUCAGCCUGUCAAC